GCGGAUCGUUACCAGCGAUUGAAGGACGAAGUGGUGCGGGCUCAAGUGCAGCUACAGCUCUUCAAGCUUUAUCAUAACGAAGCAGAGAUCGAAAAACUCAAUAAGGAAUUGGGGUUGAAAAACCGGGAGAUCGAUAAAGACAAGAAGAGGAUGGAUCGGGUGGAGGAUGAGCUGAAGGAUCGCAAGAAGGAGCUGGGCAAGAUGAUGAGGGAACAACAGCAGAUCGAGAAGGAGAUCAAGGAAAAGGAUUCGGAGCUCAACCAGAAGCGUCCUCAGUACAUCAAAGCGAAGGAGAACACCUCGCACAAGAUUAAGAAGCUGGAAGCGGCCAAGAAGUCGCUGCAGAACGCGCAGAAGCAGUACAAGAAACGGAAGGGAGACAUGGACGAGCUGGAGAAAGAGAUGCUGUCGGUGGAAAAAGCGCGGCAAGAAUUUGAGGAACGGAUGGAAGAGGAGAGCCAGAGCCAAGGACGCGACUUGACGUUGGAGGAGAACCAGGUGAAGAAAUACCACCGGCUGAAGGAGGAGGCCAGCAAACGUGCUGCCACGCUUGCCCAAGAGUUGGAGAAAUUCAACCGGGAUCAGAAAGCCGACCAGGAUCGGCUGGAUUUGGAGGAAAGGAAGAAGGUGGAGACCGAGGCCAAGAUCAAGCAGAAGCUGCGGGAGAUCGAGGAGAACCAGAAGCGCAUUGAGAAGCUGGAGGAGUACAUCGCCACCAGCAAGGCAGUCCCCAAGGUCCCCCAGCCCUGUGAGCCCAUCUCCGUGCUCUUGAGACAGACCCUGAGGUGUCCCUUGUCCCCGUGGCCCUGUCCCCAUGCCCUUGAGGUGGUCCCCAAGUACAUCAAGGAGCAGCGGGGAGAGCCCGAAACCUUCCUGCCCCUCGAUUAUCUGGAGGUGGGAUCUGGGGACACCCCCACUUUUGGGGUCAUGGGGCUCCCUGGGGACCCCGAGAGGCACUGGAGGGUGAAGCCAACGGAUGAGAAGCUGCGGGAGCUGAAGGGGGCGAAGCUGGUGAUCGACGUGAUCCGGUACGAACCCCCCCACAUCAAAAAAGCCCUGCAAUACGCCUGCGGCAACGCCCUGGUCUGUGACAACGUGGAGGACGCCCGUCGCAUCGCCUUCGGGGGACACCAGCG